AUGCCGACUAACGAGUUGAAGUUACCUGUUGAGCUGUGGCUCCUCGUUUUCUCUUUCGGCAAAUUUUCCUCUAAUGACCUAGCUGUACUCUGCAGAGUGUGCGCCGGCCUCUAUCACGCAGUAGUUGACUCUCUGUAUGAGUCCAUCACGGUCGACAACUCGGACGUGUGUACCACGCUCGCAGAGUGUCCCCAUCUCGCAGAGAAAGUCAAAUCUUUCGUAUUUACAUAUCCGACAAUCAUGGUCUACGACGGUCCCGAGGUGCACCUAGAUAAUCUCACGUCGGCCCUCAAAAAUAUGACCUGCCUCUCAACACUCAAGCUUAUACAUUCCCAAAAGCAUGAAUACUCGUCCGUCCUUCAGUACUGUGAUGCCGAGCUUCAUGUUUUUCAUUGUACCUAUCGUGUCAACCGCCGACUCCUAAGCUUUUUGAACAGGCAGGAUAGCGUCCGUGAUCUUGCUCUCACUGGCAUGCCCACACUCGAUAUCUAUCCCGAACGCGAUAUGUUUCUUCCCACGUCUCUGCCACUUCUAACAGAAAUCUCUGCCAACUCUUGUUUUUUAAAAGACCUUGUACCUGGACGCCCAGUUCACACUGUGCAUUUCAAAGGCCAACAUAUACACAACAGUGGGAUGCGGCUCAGCGACUUCAUCGACCCCUCCACAGUACCUGUCAAACAUUUGGGACUUGAUUUCAUGAUUUGGCGGCCGCGAGCAAUAUGCCGCGCACCACUUUCCAAGGACAUUGAGGAAAUUACGCUGACAGGUCUGGUUACUCAGCGCCGAAUUAUCUGGCCUCAGAACUUCGGUAUCCCUUGGUGGGGAGACUUUUUUGAUCGCAUGAUAGAAGAAGCACGGAAUCUAAAAAGGCUGACGUUCUGGUUCGAGGGAAACCGCGAAGACGCUCGUUCAUGGGCUCAACUUCUCUUCCAGGAGUUCCAUGAUACCCUAUCACGUUUGGAGCACGUCUCAUGCGUAGUUGCUGGACCAGACAUUUCAACGACAUUCGACUUCUCGCCGGGUUGCCUCCCGAUCUCGCAUGAGGAUCAUAGAACCCGUGGUCAUAGGGCCGCGAAUGACGUUAGGGAGCUGAUGCCGGUCCCGGUCCUCUGUUGCUGGAGUGAGGAAAACCUUUGCGAUGUAAAUUGUGAAUUCAACAUCACACUCACUUAAUUUGUGUGUUCUUCCUGCCACAGCGGCAUUCAUAAUUCUAGUGGCAGUAUUUUUUUUAAAUCCUAUUGUCUUUGGGCAACGCCCGAUGUAGAUUAUACUUCUAUGUACUAAAAUCGAUGAUGACAUUGGUAUAAUUAUGAACCAUGAGCUUAGUGGCAGCAUUAGGCCGUUACUAGGUACAAUCGUACUUCCAGCUGCCAAGAUUGUCGUCCGCUUAACCGUUACGCUCGGGUUUCAGUAUCGCGGAUAGUAUUUUGAGAACUCUAGUAAGCCAGCGUGCUUCCAAUGUGGACAUUCAAAGAAAAAAUGGCUGGUUCGCAGUCAAGGAUGCCAUUCAUCUUACCCUCGAGGAGUCAGAUUGGAGCGGAUGUGGCGAUCCAGGCGGUGUCAUUGUCAAAGCUUAAAGGACGGUCUCCUGCAUCCUCUUCACGGAGGCGAAG